UUGAAAUAAAUAAGUGAAGAUUUUAAAUGUUGCAUUUUUUUGUUACCAAUAAUUCGUACAUCCUCACCCGUGUCGCCAUCUAGUAUGAUGUGAUUGAAAGGCUGACUGUCAAAGUGUGCGGACGCAAACUCUCAAUCGGUUUGGUCACACAAUCGGAUUUGUUUAUUUUGAUUUUGAGCUGUUGCAUUUGGAGGAAAUAAGAAAACAGGUUACGACUGGCCAUUUACCAUGUCGAAACAGUGUCGAUUAUGUGCAAAAUUCACCGAAAGUGCCAUCGAUUUAUUCCUUGAACAUGAAAACACUCUACUCACAAACAUCAAUCAUUUUCUGCCAAUCAAUAUAUCCAAGGUGAAGGAAUUGCCAUCAAAGAUUUGCUGCAAAUGUGUCGACCGAUCCAAUGCAACACAUUUGUUCAUCCAGGAAGUUCUAUUGGCGCAAGAAGUGUUUGGAAUAUCCACCAAUACUUCGGCACACAUGGCAGGAGCAACAAAUAGCGUCAUGUAUGGUGGAAUAACCAUAAGUUCAAUGAACCAAACAACAAUAAAUGUUCCAUCGUCAACGAACAAACGUAAAAAGGUGCAAAACGUGUCGGAAACAUUGAGAAAACUGAAGAAAAUGCAAACCGGUAAUUUGACGAUAUCCAAGAGAAUUGUGCAAGGUCCAAAGCCGAUACGAAAAUGCAAAAAAGAGCCAAAAACUUAUAAAGAAGAAGGGGAAGAUAGCGAGGUCGAGUUCGAUCGGUGCGAUGACGAAGAUAAUGAUCCGAAUUUCGAUGGUGGUAGAGCCCAUGAGGUCAGUGAGUCCGACGACAAUUACGACAAUGACGACGAUGAUGAUGAUUACAAGCCGCUCAGUAGUUGGGUCAAAUCGAAUAAGAAGGCUAAAUUGAGUAAACCGGCCACUAACAUGAAUGAUUCCAACCAGAAACUACCUCAGUUCGAUGCAAAAACCGCAGACACAAGUCCGAAAUUCAAGGCUCUUAAAAUCAAUGCACCGCCGGUGUUUCUCUGUAUGAAGUGUAAAAAUCGAUUUGAUUCACUGAUCGCCCUGAAGCAGCAUGUAUUCCAGAAAAAUUCCUGCUCAGUAACCCAGUUGACCUGCAAUGUGUGCAACAAAACGUUCGAAAACAAGAAACGAAUGUCACAGCAUAUGAAGAGUCAUGAGGAAAAGGUCAAAUUUAUAUGCGAUAAAUGUGGAAAGAUGUACCACCAACAGUUCAAUUUGGAGAAUCAUAAAUCCGCACAGCACGGCGAAUAUUUGGACGAACAUCAAAAUGUGUACAAGUGUCGUUUGUGUAGUGCAAAAUUCGAUAAUCGCACCGAUUUGUACACACACAUGAAGAACCAUGCAAACGAUAAUCAAGAACUAUUGUGCGAUACCUGCGGAAAGUGUUUCAAGAACAACCACAAUCUCAAGAAUCACAUGAGAACGCAUCUAAACCUACGCCCGCACGAGUGCACUUUUUGCCCCAAAAAAUUCCGAACAAGACUUCUGCUCAAACAGCAUCUACACGUACACACUGGCAUCAAAGAAUUCCAAUGCAGCGUAUGUGCAGCAUUAUUUGCCAAACGCGAUUCGCUGAGAAGCCACAUGCGGAAACAACAUCCGGACUAUCAACCCAAUAAAACCAACGAUGCGAUCAAAGAAUCUGAGGUACCCGUGAAUAUUAUCGAAAAGCCUCCAAAUGGUGAUUCAAUGCCAAUCGAUUCAGCAACAAUCGAUCAAGUGCCAAACCAUUCAGCACCAAUGAACUCGGAGCCAACUGAUUCAAUGCCCAUUAGUUCAUUGCAAUCAAUUCUAGGCAAUCAGUUGUUGGAAUCAAAGAAUUAGAAAUUUGUAUAUUAAAAAACGAACUCUCUGAAAAAAUUGUAAAAUGUUGAGAAAACCAAAUAAAAAUAACAAAUCGAAUUGAAUCGAAUGAAAAA